UUUUGCUCCUUUUUGAAUCUGCUGACGUUAAAUCUAAAGCAAAAGCUUUGUGUUUCAUUCAGCUAGCUGCCAUUUCUAUUAAAAAAAUAUUUCCCCAUUUCCUGUGUGAGGAAACCUGCCAGUGCUGUAGCUUGCACUGACAGAAUAAGAAAAGAAAAAAGCUGUCAUUCUGAUGUCAGAGUUGCCGGAUGUUGGUGGCUUUGCACAGAGUUUCCACAGAAGUCACAACUCCAUACCUCCAGGCACUUUCACAACAUGGUCUGCACUUCUCAGUAGCCUUUGGCUGCCUUAUAAUGAACUGACUUCUCUCUCUGUCAGCUCCUCAGAGUCAGAUUCUGUCCUCUAGAGGCAAAACCAGGACUCCUCUUGUUAUGGGAGGUUCAUAUUUUCCUUAUACCCCUAAAAAACCCACGAACAUCUCUGAAUUAUUAUUUAUGAAACACAAAUCUGUGAUACUGCAGUGGGUUUAGGUUUUUGAUGACAGUAGAAUGUAUUCCAUCGGUACAUCUUUAUCUAGACCUUCACUAUAGCAGACAUGUUUUUUAUAAGUCUGGAUUUAUUGCUCCUAUCUGGCUCCCCUGCAGACUGAACACGUCUGGACACGAAAUGUAGACAAAAUCUAAACUUUACACUUCGCCUUGGAGGAAGACUCUUGAAGCCCCAGCUUUGUCUUUUUUUUUUUUGUUUUUUAAUCUUGAAUAUUAAUGUAAUGCUAACAAUAAAAAUGCCGCAUGUGACAAUCAUAUCCAGAUUGAAUAAAAUUGUUCAAAAAAAUACCGUUGGAUCAUUCUGUUUACAUGAUCUUCGAGGCUGAAAGCUCGACAACCUGGGAGAACAAAUAGCACAAAAAAAUAUAAGUGGUUUCCAUAGCAACCCAACCCUCGAUAGGGGGAACUCCACGCCGCACUUAUUUGCUGUCCAGACUUUUGCUUCCUGUCAAAAUCAGCACACACUGAAGUUUCUGCUUGAACUACAAAAGAACACAAAAAAGAAAAGAAAGAAAGGGAGGCCUUUAAUCUGAUGAGGGUGAGAAAGCUUCAGAGAGAGAUCAUCUCUCGACUUUCUGCAUCCCCACCCUCCUCGCAUCCACAGACGGGGCUGGACCAAGCAGCAGGUGGUGCAGAAGGGAGGUCUGGACGUGGGAUUUACAGAUCCCCGACUGCGCCGGACAAGCAUGGAGGAGCAAUAAAUCCCAGCUUCUAUGUGAGUACAACUGUUGAUCCUGAUGCUUUUGUUUCCUCAAAUUAUGUUUUGUGAGAAUACACUAGUGUGCUUUGUCUUGGUCUCAUGGGAAAACAUUUCUGCAAUUUUAGUUAAUAGAAAAAAAUGAAAAACUUUCAAACAUUUUUUUCUUUUUUUUACAGAUUUGAUGGGUAAUUACUGUUGAAGCUUAGAUGGUGCUUGUUAAGUUUUUUUUUUAUUAUAUAAAGGUUUAGGCUGCUUAUUUCACUUAAAGGUUGAUAUUUUUCAAGAAAGAUAUCAAGAAUUAUGUUGCCCUGGUGCUCAUAUAGUCAAUGUACAUAUUUUAGAUAACUGCAUUAAAGGGUGCUUUUAUUGAAGAGCCUGCAUUAAUAUUGCAGAGGUUGUUCUCUAAUAAAAAAAUAAAACCAUGAAGAUGAUAAAUGUCUGAGAAAGACCACUUUAACCUAUCCAAAAACAGAAUGUUAGAAAGAGAAUUUUGAUUGAAAACGUCAACUUUUUGGUUUAUGAUAUAAAAGUUAUUAAAUGCUGGGGUUGUUUUUUAUGAAUAGUGAUUAUUUCUUGCCAAAACCAGUUGGAGUGAGCUUUGGUUGUCUGUGGAUUUUGAAGGAGGAUUUCAAUGAAUCUGUUUAAGUCUGAGGCUUGAAUGUUAAUGUGUCCUUAUAGCAGUCUGCUAUCCACUUUCCUAUCUGUAAAAGCUGUAAUUUAAGCGUCAUCGAAUAAGCUUUUCUUUUUAACAAAAAUACCCCAAAACAGGGGGCCAAACAAACACUAUCAUAACUGAAAAAGGCCUUUUUUCUGGCCUCUUCCUCUAAUGAUAUUUCUGUCAUUUUCUCUCCUCCUCUUCACUCCGCAGCUCAGGUGUCACAGCAAUAGCAUCCCUCGCUGCAUAAAGAUUCACAUGUUUGGAGAGACAGCAGUUCUCCAAUUGGAUGACUCAAAAGAGGCGAGGAAAGAUGCCCUCUAAUCUCAGGGGCACAAAUUAAAAAAAAAAAAAAAAAAAACGUGACUCAGCGAAAGGCCGCGGGCGCUUUGAAGACAUGGAGGCGCUUCUGUUUUGCAUCAAUAAUGUACAGGCAGAUGGAACCUGAUGUUGGGAUGGGGUCGAGGACUCUCGUCACCUGACUUUUGUCAACAUGUGCCUGCAGGAUAAAUGAGCCUCCUUUCCAAGAGACUAAACUGGGAACUUGCAGGGCUCAGUGAUGUAGUGGCUACGUUUGAUGUACAUGUGGCUCCUUUAAGACGGGCCGACCACAGUCAGCAUGGAACGGCAGACUCCUGCUUUGAUGUGGAUACAUGACAACACCACAGAACCACUGAACACUUCAGAUGCAUUCAACUGCACAGAUCUGAGUGAAAACUCUGACAAGUACCAGUCUUACGUAGUUGGUCUUUUCCUGUCCUGUCUGUACACCAUCCUCCUCUUUCCCAUUGGAUUCAUUGGCAACAUCUUGAUACUGGUGGUGAACCUGAACCACAGAGAGAAGAUGACCAUCCCUGAUGUCUACUUUGUGAACCUCGCAGUGGCAGACCUCAUCCUGGUGGCGGAUUCCCUCAUUGAGGUUUUCAAUCUGAAUGAGAAGUAUUACGACUAUGCGGUCCUCUGCACCUUCAUGUCCCUUUUCCUGCAGGUCAACAUGUACAGCAGCAUCUUCUUUCUCACCUGGAUGAGCUUUGACAGGUACGUGGCCCUGGCGAGCUCCAUGAACAGCAGCCCACUGAGGACCAUGCAGCACGCCAAGCUUAGCUGUGGUCUCAUUUGGAUGGCCUCCAUCCUGGCCACGCUCCUCCCGUUCACCAUCGUGCAGACGCAGCACAGGGGUGAGCUACACUUCUGCUUUGCCAACGUCUACGAGAUCCAGUGGCUGGAGGCUCAGAAGCACCGUGGGCUGUGGCCGCGCCGGCAGAAAGCUCUACGCAUGAUCGUGGUGGUGGUCCUCGUCUUCUUCAUCUGCUGGCUGCCAGAAAACGUCUUCAUCAGCAUCCAGUUACUGCAGGGAAAAGCUGACUCAUCGCAAAGGACUGCCGUCACCCUGUGGCACGACUACCCCCUCACGGGUCACAUUGUCAACCUGGCAGCUUUCUCCAACAGCUGCCUCAACCCCAUUAUCUACAGCUUUCUCGGGGAAACCUUCAGGGACAAACUGCGCCUCUUCAUUAAGCAAAACGCCAGCUGGUCUUUGGUAAACCGCUUUUGCCACCAUGGCCUCGAUUUACACCUUUCAGUCAGGAGCAAAGUGUCUGAAGUGUGACUGCAAACAUUCUAUGAAGCCAUCUGUUCUGCCUUCUUCACGUCAUUCUUGAAUAGCAUCCAUCCAGCUGCUUUCUAUCAUCCAAAAGUUGACAUAAUCUCCCCGACGACUGAACAAAAAGAAAAAACGAACCCCUGAAGACGAAUUUCAUGUCUUCAGUAUAUUGGAAAGGCAAAGCUCAUGUCAGCUAAAUCAGUUUGUCUUCACAUUUUGCUUUUUUUGAUUUAAGUUUAUUUGUUUAAUUGUAUUUUUAAGUUAGCAGUGUGGCUACGUAGUACAGUACGUGAAAGGAAAUUAAAGAUAAAAGCAUUUAAAAGCCUUUUUUUAUUUUAAACUGAAACACAAAGGAAGAGCCAGGACACACUGGAGAGACUUCGUCUCUUGGCUGGCCUGG